UGGAUGGAUAAAGCUUAAAAAGAAGAGGUGUUUUAUCCACGAGCAAAGGAGAAGCCCUUUUCAAAUAUUUGGAUAGACAGACAAGAGUAGACUGGUGUGUGUGUGUUGUGUGAGUCCAAUUCUUCUCUUCUCUUCUCUCAUAUUUCCCCGCCCUUUGUGAAAGUGAAGUGUCAUCUUCAGCCUCACACAAAUUCACAGUCACAUAAACUCUAAUUACAUCUUCACUGUUAAAGAUAGUAUAGAUAGACUUCCACUUCUUUUAAGCAAAACCACCUACAUUCUACCCACUUCAAACAAACAAAAAAAAACCCCCAAAAACAAGAGAACUUGUUAAUGGCACUUAAUUGAUCAUUCAUAAUUCUCAAACCCAGAAUUUUUCUUCCUUUUCCUCUAAUUUUUAACUCCCUUAAAACCAAAAGCUUUAGUCUUUCUCUGUUUCUUUUGAAAAAACAAAAAAAAUUGGUGCUUUUUUCUCUCAUUUAUGAAAUGUUUAUAUAAUACUUAAGUUUUUGUUCUUCUUAAUGUGUUUUCAUUGAUUAAUGGAGUUAUUAAUGUUUGGAAUAAUUGGUGAUGGAGUUGUUAAUGGAGCUUCCUGUGCCAUUUCCAGGGUUUGCUAACUGUAUUUGCUCCUCUGCAUCAAAAGUCCACUUUCUAUCACCCAUGAAGGCCAAGGAAUAUAAGAAUUUAUUGCUGUUAUCUAGGGUUCAUUAUGCUAAUUGUGAUUUAUAUACAUGCAGGAGUCUGAACUGAAGAUUCAAUCAAUUUUGCUCUAGAGGCUUGCUUCAUAGUAUCCAAGCCUUCUUAGAGCAAAGAAGAGAGGGGAUUACUGGAGUUCUGAAAAUUGUGAAGUUAAUUGAGCUUGUGUGAGUGUGUUUUGAAUUUCCUUGAACUAAAUGCAUGGAGAGGGAACCUAUGCCAAUGUCAGGAUCAGGUGGUUAUUAUAUGUCGAGAGGAAUGGCCGAGUUACAUGGGCCACAAGGUGUUCACUCAUUGCCUAAUUCUGGCUUGUCUUACCAGUCAAAUAUUGGGGGUAGCUCAACAGGACAAGGUAUGAUGAUGGAGCCCACUUCGAGCAUUAUGUCUGAUGGUCGUGGUGUAGGUGCACCCUCAAUGCAGCCAUCUGCUACACCUACACCCAUGCGAAGGAAAAGAGGAAGGCCUCGGAAAUAUGGACUUGAUGGAAAGAUGUCACUAAAUCUCUCCUCGCUAUCAGCUGCUCCUAGGGUUAUGAACACCUCAACUGAGAAGCGGGGUAGAGGCCGGCCUCCUGGUAGUGGAAGAAAGCAACCAUUGGCUCCCUUUGGCAAAUUGGUGUCUGGUUCAGCUGGUGUGGGUUUUACUCCUCAUGUCAUCACAGUUGCAACAGGGGAAGACAUUGCAUCAAAACUUUUGGCAUUUGCACAACAAGGGCCUAGAGCUGUAUGCAUAUUGUCAGCAAAUGGUGCAAUCUCCACAGCGGCCCUACGCCAGCCCUCAACUUCCGGUGGCACUAUCACAUAUGAGGGGCGAUUCGACAUAUUAUGCAUGUCAGGAUCUUUCUUGCUUCUUGGUAAUGAUGGUUCUCGUGACCGCAGCGGUGGUCUGAGCAUUUCACUUGCAAGUCCUGAUGGUCGUGUCAUUGGUGGAGCCGUUGGUGGAAUGCUUAUUGCAGCCAGCCCUGUUCAGGUAAUAGUUGGGAGCUUUUUAUGGACUACUACUUCAAAGACGAAUCCAAAGGUCAAAGAAGGAAAUGAAGGUGGUGAAGAUUCAGAGCAUUAUGCAGUUGACAGUACGAUGAUGGGCCCGCCAAGCGGUCGGCAAAGCCAAAAUCUAUCAUCUCCUACCAAUUCGAUGGGUGGCUGGGCUAGUCCACAGACGCUGGACUUGAGAAACUCUCAUAUGGACAUUGAUCUGAUGCGUGGAUGAAAGGGGCAAUUACCUUUGUAAAUAUCUCCUCUUUUGAAGCUACACUAAGUAAUGUCUAAUCUAACUAGUGUAUAUCAGAAGCUCAACCCAAGGAAAGGAGUAGGGCUCAUUUUAGGCUUGAUACUCCCGUUAUUUUGACAUGAAAAUCUUUGUUUCUGUCAUUUUCUGAAGACACUGAAUAUAUGUUAGGCUUGCAUAAUUUACUCA